CAGACGUUUGUUCUCCAGAUGCAGUUUCGGACUUGUCUUCGGAGAGACUUGGGAGUUUCCUUUCAGAGCGAGCCUGCGGAGGUGAUGGGCCUCUGUGGGGAUGUCUGCUGGGAGGCGGCACGGUCUAUGAAGUUAAGAUAAUUUUUUGGAACUGUCGAAAUGGUUGGUCCUUGCUGCCAAUGGGAACUUGGAGUCACUCUGAAAUCCAUCCUGGAAUAACCGUGUUUGACUGGAACCAAAUUUUAUAAAGUCUCCAAGGAUGAGAGCCUGUGCCAGAUCCGUCUUGCUGUCUAACUGGCUCUUUCUGGCCUACGUGUUGAUGGUGUGCUGUAAGCUCAUGUCCGCCUCCAGCCAGCACCUCCGGGGACACACAGGUCACCAGCAAAUCAAGCAAGGGACCUGUGAGGUGGUUGCAGUGCACAGGUGCUGUAACAAGAACCGCAUAGAGGAGCGAUCCCAGACGGUCAAGUGUUCUUGCUUCCCAGGACAGGUUGCUGGCACGACUCGGGCUCAGCCCUCUUGUGUUGAAGCUUCCAUUGUGAUUCAGAAAUGGUGGUGUCACAUGGAUCCUUGUUUGGAAGGAGAGGACUGCCGAGUGCUGCCCGAUUACUCAGGUUGGUCCUGUAGCAGUGGCAACAAAGUCAAAACUACCAAGGCAAGUAUAGACGGAAUGCAACUGCACGCGACAGCUUCCGCACGCUGUAGCCUGCCCCCUACAUUCAUCCUGCCACCAAGAGGGAGGAAUCCAAAUCUUGCAGUGGCCAAAGAGCUAGAGUCUUAA